AUUUCUCUCAAACUCCAGCUGCCUCUCUCUCUUUCCUCUCUGGAACUUCUCCCUACCCCAUAAGUUCCAGAGAACCCAUAAUCACUUUUUCUAUAAUCUCUCAAAAACCCAAACACACCCUUAAUCACCUAAAACAUAAAAACAGAAAAAGAUGCAAACACUAUUUCUAGUUCUUUCACUCUUCUUAUGAAAUCUUGUUUUUCAAAGAACAAGAAAAAACCGUUCUCAAUGCUUCCUUUACGUUUAACCGUUGUUGUUUCAUCUCUCAUUCUUCUUUGUUCAAUCUUCCAACCAUUCUGCCUUGGAAUCCGUUCUUUCCCAACAACCAACACCGCAGAGCACUCACCUACUCCGUUUCGUUUCUCGGGUGCUUUCUCUGAGGCACCCGAGUAUCGAAACGGAGCAGGUUGUCCGAAACAAAAAUCCAAAACCUUAUUCCCUUCAUCAUGUGACCCUUCUUUAGUCCACAUAGCAAUGACCCUCGACUCCGGUUAUCUCCGUGGCUCCAUCGCCGCUGUCCACUCCGUACUCCGCCACUCUUCCUGCCCGGAAAAUAUCUUUUUCCAUUUCAUCUCCGCUGAAUUCGACCCAACUACACCACGGACGCUAACUCGUUUAGUAGCGUCUGUUUUUCCGUCGCUAAACUUUAAAGUUUACAUUUUUCGUGAAGACACUGUUAUCAACCUUAUCUCAUCUUCCAUUCGUUUAGCCCUUGAAAACCCAUUAAACUAUGCAAGAAACUAUCUUGGUGACAUGCUUGAUACAUGUGUUGAACGUGUAAUCUAUCUUGAUUCAGAUAUAGUAGUUGUUGAUGAUAUUUCAAAGCUUUGGAGUGUAAAAAUGGACGCAAAAAAAGUCAUUGGUGCACCAGAAUAUUGUCAUGCAAAUUUCACCAAAUACUUCACAGAUGAGUUUUGGAAUGACCCUUUACUCUCAAGAGUCUUUAAAGCAAGAAAAGCUUGUUAUUUCAACACUGGUGUAAUGGUAAUGGAUUUGAUGAAAUGGAGAGAAGGUAACUAUAGAAGAAAGAUUGAAAACUGGAUGGAGUUACAAAAGAAGAGAAGAAUCUAUGAGCUAGGUUCAUUGCCACCUUUUUUACUUGUUUUUGCAGGAAAUGUUGAAGCUAUUGAUCAUAGAUGGAAUCAACAUGGACUUGGUGGUGAUAAUUUGAAUGGUGUUUGUAGAUCUUUGCAUCCUGGUCCUGUUAGUUUAUUGCAUUGGAGUGGAAAAGGAAAACCUUGGGUUAGGCUUGAUGAGAAAAAAGCUUGUCCUUUAGAUUCACUUUGGGAGCCUUAUGAUCUAUACAAGCCAAGAAAUCAUUUGAUGGUUCAUGGUGGUGGAGAUAAAGAUCAAGAGAUUCAAAAUUGGAGUUUUUCUUCUUCAAUUUUGGUUGGUUAUGCUCAUGAUUUCUUGUGAUUAGUGAUGGUAAUUUUGUUGUUGUUGUUGUUGAUUAGGAAUUUAUGAUUCAUUUUUUGUUUUUUUUACUUAGGUUAUGUACAGAUUGUUUUUUCAAUCUUUUAUUUUAUCAUUCUUUAUGUAGAAUGGUUUUUUUUUGGUUAAUUCUUGUGAUUUACAUGUGAAAUUUGAUUCUUUUUUCUGAUGGGGGGUUCCAUUAUUUGGAACAAUUUUGGUGGGUGGGUAAAGUUCUGUUGUAUGGGGACACCAUUGAUUGUAUGUGCCAGACAAUUUGCAGAAUGAUAGACAGCUAUUUCUUUGCUUUUUAUUUUGAUUAA